AUGCAUUUUCUUGCAUCCAGUCUUACCGGUCGUACGCUUGACACCAUCAAGUCAAUUCAAGUCACCGCGGCUAAUUUUGAACUAGAGUGGAAAACGCUCGUGGCACGCUACGAUAAUACGCGACGGCUCGUCGAAGUACACGCAUCCGUGCUCUUCAAUCUUCUGACGAUUGCCCGCGAGUCCGCGCUCGAAUUGAAUAAACUUCGUGACAAAGCUAACCGGUGUAUCACAUCACUGAGAAACUUGAAUCGAUCCAACAACGAAAUACUCAGCGACUUGCUAGUGUACAGCGUGACGCAACUACUUGACCACGCAACACGGAAGGCGUGGCGACUUAAAAUGGGCGACGAUUCUAGCAUUCCGACAUACGAAGCUCUCGACAAGUUUCUUGAAACGCGCGUUCGCGGUCUUGAGGAAUUAUCACCUCAAAAUUCUUCCAAAUACACAAGCAUUGCGGAAGUAUCGAGCACGUCGGCAGCUGCGUCGAGUCCGGCGUGCCCCGUCUGUGCCGCUUCUCAUUUUAUAAAUAGGUGUCCUCAAUUUUUAAAGAAGAUGCCGAGUCAAAGAAUAGAAAUUAUCAAACAAGCAAAAAAAUGCAUAAACUGCUUGAGUUAUAAACACGCUGCUCAAGCGUGCCCCAGCAGAUAUUCAUGCCGCACAUGCCACAAUAGACAUCAUUUCAUGCUUCACAAUGACUCGGCUUCUUCUUCCUCUUCGACGAAUUUAAGUCUAGCGACCACCUCAGACGUCACCAACGCUAGUAAAGUCACCGACCACGUUUCCGUUCUGUGCUCAACCUCGCCGGUCGCUGCGCGAAAGCGCGUGUUGCUUGCUAUCGCUCGUGUCAAUAUAAUAUCUCCGGCAAAUCGCAAGCUCGCGGUACGAGCACUCCUUGAUCAAGGAUCAGAAAUCACGUUUAUUAGCAAACGUCUCACGCAAGCGUUACGUUUGCGCCGCUUCAGCAUGCCUCUUGAAAUCUCUACCGUCGGUAGAAUAAAUAUCGAUAUGAGCCGUUACGCUCAGAUUCAGGUCGCUCCAAUCAACGAAUCAGCUUCGGCGCUCGCGACAACGGCGUCAAUUCUCAAGUCAUUGACUAAGUAUUCGCCAUCACAACCACGCAAUAAAAAUGAGAGCAUCCAUCUGGCUGAUCUCAAGCUCGCUGAUCCGACUCCCUUUAGCGCCGAACCGAUCGAUGCGAUAAUCGGAGCGGACGUCUACAACAAAAUGCUCCUCAAUAAAGUACGUAAAGGCGCACCUGAUCAACUAGCUGCGCAGUAA